UGGAACCCCCAAGGCUCCGUCCUGGUUUUACCUGUCACAACGAUCCCAUGCCCCAUAAACGGCUGAUCGUUGCCGCACGAUCACGCUGCUGCUGGCUGGCUGUUGCUCUGCUGCUGGAUGUUGGCUACUUUGCUGCUUGAGAACCUGAUCUCAUGUGGUUCCAGCUUGCUUCCAACCAGCUUUCAUGGUUAUCCAGUCCUGACUGUCCCCUUCUGGGUCUCCUCCCCACCUCUCUGCUUUCCAUACACGCCCCCCUCCCUCUUCCUCCCCGUAGAUCCUGUGUGUUCGGGGCCCUCGGUGGGCGAAACUCGCUGCCUAAGGUACCCCUCUCUCCUUCCCACUUGGCUGGUUCCGUCCCGGUACUUGUCCGUGACCCAAACAGUCCAACCCUGGUCCAGCAUGGCUCAGAUCACCGGUUUGAGGGGAAGGGGGGGAGGGGAAGAGGCAGACAGAUACACACACACACACAGAGAGAGAGAGAGAGAGAGAGAGCGCAAUAGAGAAGGGAUCCAAUCUAUUCCCAGAUCUCAACCCUGGUUGGUCUCAGUUUCCAUCUCCGUUCUUUCCGUAUUCUAGCGGUCGAUUAAACAUCCCUUUCUGGAAAACAAUCUGAAAAGGUGACCCUGAAUUCAUUCCAUCCAUAGUUAUUCCUUCUCUAAAUUAAUUGUCUCUUACUACUCGAUCCUAUUUC